UCCACCUGAGCAGGAAGAAGUGGUCAGGCGGACUCGCGGCUCCCGGGAGCGACCUGUCUUCUCCACCUACUUUGCGCACAUGUAGUCGAAACCACGCCGCCGCUGCCGCUCCUCCUCUCUGUCUGUACGUUUCUGUGCGAAACCAUGUCUGUCCUGAAGACCAGUCUGAGACUGUUCGUGUUCGCCGCCGUCGCCGUGCCGGCCGUGCUGCUGCUGCGGCACUGGAUGGCCACCAAGCAGUACGUGUUCAACAAAGACGACGUCGCCAAAUUGGCCAAACAGUACGCAGGGCAGGACCACGAGCAGGCCUUCUCCAAAGUGGUGGUGGAGCUCAGGAAGAGGUAUCCUGGCCACAUCCUGCCAGACGAGGACCUGCAGUGGGUGUUUGUGAACGCCGGAGGCUGGAUGGGCUCCAUGUGUCUGCUCCACGCUUCGCUCACUGAGUACGUGCUGCUGUUCGGCACCGCAGUGGACACGGGGGGACACUCGGGUCGUUACUGGGCCGAGAUUUCUGACACCAUCAUCUCCGGCAACUUCCGGCAAUGGAAAGAGGGGACAACCAAGAGUGACACAUACUACCCUGGUGACACCAUCGUCCACGCCGCGGGCGAGGCCACGUCGGUCCAGUGGAGCGCAGGGACGUGGAUGGUGGAAUACGGCCGAGGCUUCAUCCCCUCCACCCUGGGAUUCGCUCUGGCCGACACCCUGUUCAGCACCCAGGACUUCCUCACCAUGUUCUACACUGUGCGCGUCUACGUCAAGGCUCUGCUGCUGGAGGCCGGUACACUACUCACAGACAGCGGGGUUUUCUGAGGCAAGGCCGAGGCUGGGAGACCUGCACACGGACAGUAACCUCGAAGAGUUCCCCUCGUCGUGACAUUUUAACCCGGACCUCUUUAAAUCUGUGCCGAUUUAUUCCUAAAUUCAAAUAUAAAAGAAAAAAAAACUUUACUUGAAAUUGUAGACAAUCCACAUUUGCUUCAGCACAGUUGAUUCCGUCGCCAUUCAAGGUCAAAGUUUGUGCUCAAGAUUUAUACUGUGACAUCAAACUGCAGUACUUGUCCUUGACCUUCUGAAUCUAACUUUUCACAAUAUAUAGAGUCCCUAAUCAUUUUACUCCACACAAUAAACAUUGCUCUGAGAGCUCACAAUGCCUGAAUAGUCAAUACCCAUGAAAAUACACAUCGUCCAUAUGUAUUUUGGAUCUGGCUCCUGGAAUUAAGGCCUAGACAACUUCACAACUACACCUAACAAAUCUGAGAUUCUUCCAGGUUUUUUGGAGUAUUAAACUUCUCAGCAACCAAAAAUCAUUUAGAAAUAAUAAAUGUCAGAAACUGGUCAUUGGUUAUUGCCCAAGCAAAGAAUUUCCUUUAAAAACAAAUAUAUGCAAAUAUUAAAUUGGUUUGUAAAACAGAUCCAAUACCCAUUUCAUAUUUAUAUGCCUGUGAUUUCUCAGUAAAUGAGAAAGACUUUGUGAGUCUAAAUUUAUUAAGAUCAUAUCUUGAUCAUCACCUGACUUCUUUGUACUACAUGUCCUUUACAAAAUGUUGAUGGGGGGAGGAUAUAUGUCGCCAAGAUGGCUGCCAGGUAGCUCAUAUAAAAUAUAUCAGAUACUGAAUAAGCUACAAGGCGAGUUUCCUCAGCGUCUUGUCAUCAUCAUGUUAAACUUUGCACUGACUGUGCCAGGAGAAAUAAAUACAUUUCUAAAGGAAA